AUGACGACCGAAUUGAAAAGAACGCGCACGGCUCCUGAACAGAGUCCGGAGCACGCUCAAAAUGAUCAACACUUGAGCCGUGCCAGAUCUACACCAGAGGAUGAAACCAAUAAUCGACUGUUUCCACCCCAAUUCCUCGACGACCAUGGAUCGCACCGCUAUCAUUUUCACUCCGAUGACGACGAGAUCAUCGAUGAGGAUAGUCCUUCUGACUCCUCUAGCCAAACCGUAGACAUCGAUGACAAGGAAGACCGAGAUGUCGAGGCAAAUCGUCCGCAGAUAAGAAGGGAAAAGUCAACCAAGUCCAUCAAGGACGCAACACUGGUCAGUUGGGAGUCUGACAAAGAUCCUGAAAACCCGAAGAAUUGGACCUAUCGCAAGAAAUGGGCAGCAACGUUGAUUAUCUCGGCAUUCACCUUCAUCUCACCAGUCUCCUCAUCAAUGACAGCACCAGCUCUUAAUGUGAUCGGUGAAGAUCUUGGUAUCAAUAACAACAUCGAAAAAUCACUCACCCUGUCCAUAUUCGUUCUUGCUUACGCCGUUGGGCCACUACUGUUGGGACCAUUAUCAGAGAUUUAUGGCCGAGUGAUUGUCAUUCAGUUAGCGAACUUGUUCUUUCUCGUCUUCAACAUUGGAUGUGGAUUUGCUCAAACCAAAGGUCAAUUGAUCGCUUUUCGGUUUUUAAGCGGCUUAGGGGGCAGUGCUCCUCUGAGUAUUGGCGGUGGUGUCCUCUCUGAUGUUUGGCACGCAGAGGAACGAGGGAAAUCGAUCAGCAUUUAUUCUCUUGCUCCACUACUUGGACCUGCCGUCGGGCCUAUCGCAGGUGGUUUCAUAGCAGAAAAUACAACAUGGAGAUGGUGCUUCUGGUCAACAUCCCUUGUAGAUGCUGGAAUCCAAUGUCUAGGUCUGAUCUAUCUUCGCGAGACAUAUGCACCCAAGAUCCUAGCAAUCAAGGCCAAACGGCUUCGCAAAGAGACUGGCAACCCCAAACUUCACACCGAAUGGGAACUCCCCGAUCGAACCUUUGGUAAGGUCUUGAGGACUAGUCUCGUUCGUCCCUUUCGUUUGCUGGGUACACAGAUCAUCAUCCAAGUCCUGGCGCUGUACAUGGCCUACCUGUAUGGUCUCCUGUACCUCGUCUUAUCGACAUUCCCAUCUGUAUGGGAAGGCAUUUAUCACGAGUCGGUGGGCAUCGGUGGGUUGAACUAUAUCUCGUUGGGGGUCGGUUUCUUCAUCGGUGCACAAUCAACUGCACGAAUGAACGACAAGAUCUACAUCAAGCUCAAACAGCGGAAUAACAACAUCGGACGGCCAGAGUUUCGAGUGCCACUCAUGAUUCCUGGUGCGCUGCUUGUGCCUAUCGGACUCUUCAUUUAUGGGUGGACCGCAAACAGAAACAUCCACUGGAUUGCACCCAACAUUGGUGCAGUAAUCUUCUCUGCUGGAUCUAUCAUGGGCUUCCAGUGUACGCAAACCUACAUCGUCGAUGCGUACCCUAGAUUUGCUGCUUCAGCAGUUGCAUCGGCAGUUGUACUCCGUUCGUUGGCAGGAUUUGGUUUCCCGCUGUUCGCACCUUACCUGUACUCGGCGCUCCACCUCAACUGGGGAAACUCGCUCCUCGCAUUCGUGGGUAUCGCAAUUGGUAUUCCGUCUCCAUUUUUGCUUUGGAAGUAUGGUGAGGGACUAAGAGAGCGAAGCACAUACGCUGCCGGAUGA